AUGGCUCCGAAGCGGCCCAAGAGCGGGGCUGGCGGCGGGCCCCCCGCGCCGCCAGGGGCUGGCUCCAAAAACUGGGAAUCCGGGCUGGUGACGGCGCGCCUGGAGGAGGAGAAUUGGACUCCGAGCAUCGCCUUUGUCGUCGGGAACCAAGUCGAAGACGCGCUGCACAUGAAGGCUCUGUCUCUUGCUGUGCAGCUGCCACUGCGGAGGCUCUUCAGCGUGGUAUCUUGGGAACAGAUAUUAGAAGAGAUUACAGAUUCUGGAAAUGCAAAAGUCAAGAAAGUCAAAGAAGGUCAGACUCCAACACCCUUGUAUUAUGAGGUGAUAGAGGUAGCAAAAAGCAUUCUAGAUGCUGGGGAAUCACUUCCUGUGACUCUGAUUGGCAAGUUAAUUAAAUAUCAAAUGCUUUGCAUCAAACAGAAGGAUCUGGCGAGACGGGCUGCUGAAAAGAAGCCGGUUGAUGAGCGAGAAAAGGAAAAAGAGGAGAAGGGGAAGGGGAAAGGGAAGGCGGCCGUCAAGAAGGAGAAGCCUCCCAGUGCCAAGUCUGGCGGGAAAGGAGGGAAAGCGAAGAAAGGAUCCGAUGCCCAGCAGUACUCAGGAACCGCCAUUAAAAAGGAAACCAAGCUGAAGCGACGCGGAGAAGAGGAUGAUACUGAUAAGUACAUUGAUGACGAGCCAGAUGAUGGCGCUCAAUAUUAUUUCAUCCUUUGGGGUUUCCACUAUCCACAACUCUUGCCUAUCCUGUCUGAACUGGGGAUCAAUGUUGGAAGCAUCAUUCAGAUCUCUUCUGACAAUUAUGAGCCCCUGCAGUCUUACCUGGAAUCCGUUUCACCGCAGGAAGACCCCCACCUCGCACCAGAAGUGCUCGAAGCUGAAAAAAAGAAGAAGGAGCAGGCGGCGAAGGAUCUGAAAAACUUUUGGAAGUACUUGGAACCCAUUCUGAACAGUGGGAAGCCAGGAUUGAACCUUUUUCAGAUUGCGAGACUCCAGCACCUCAUCAAGGAGUCGACCUUUCCACCUGAUUGGACUAAUAAUGAUAUGAUGCUUGAAUUUGGGGCUGAGAUCUUUGAAAGCAUUGCCUGCUUAAUGUACGACUGCCUAGACUGGCGAAGGCAGCAUCAGCACUACUUGAAAUCUACCAGAUUUAUUAACGUUCCAGUUGCCGAAAAGAAAAGCAAAUCAGCGCUCCUUGAGGGACAUCCCGCAGCUCCAACUACACCUUCAAGGAAAAAACAGGCUGCAGAUGCUGCGGCACCAGUUUUAACAACAGAUGUGGACAUGAGGUAUUACAAUGAUUUGCUGAGCCCAGUCCCUGAAGAGCUCGUUUCUGUCCCGUUGAUAGUUCACUGCAUGGUGGAACAGGUUGUUGCAUCAGAAGAAAACCUGACUCCACCCAGCUUGGUCGUUCCAGAGCCGCGGGAAGAUGGGCUGCAUCACUCCGUUGCCAGGCACCUUGUUUCGGUCUUGCCUUCCCUCGCCCUUUCUGAGAGUGAAAAAAGGGAUUUGUACAGCUCCUUCUAUCCUGAAAGUCAAGAAAAGAGAACGUCUCACAAAGGGCCCAUGAUCCUGAAUUACCACGAUGUUCUGUCUCAGAAGCUGCACUUCUUAAAGGUCCCGGAUGGUUUAGACCCAGCUGAGAUUGAACGCGAAAUGAUGAGCAAGCUGCCUCUGUUCGACCUCCUUAAAUUUCCUCUUCCAUCCCCUGAGAACAAUACCAAGCGCCUAGGCAGGCUUCACGAGCUGAUGCACUAUUGUACCAAUGAGCAGCUGAACUGGGCAGAAGUAGAACGAGCUUUUAAAAUAUUUACUUUCGAAAGUCUGAGGCUGACAGGAGUAGAUGACGCUGGACAGCUAGAAGGUUCCGGCAGGAUGCUCGGAGGAGAUCACGAGGUGCCUUAUAUCCCGUGGGAUAAUCCUGCGAGGUUUGCGAAGCAACUGAGACAGCAGGGCGGCAGCAGACGAUCGUCCGCGAAAAGUGAGCAGAGCGAAUCAGGUGAUGCUGGAAGGAUUGUCGAUAGCUGUGAAAGUGUUUUGUCCGGCUCACCUGAAAAUAAGGUAAACCAAGAGAUAGAAUUAGCAGACAUACAGAAGACCCAACAGCGGUGUUUGAACGACUGGAGUUUUGCUGAACAUUUUGAACCACAUAUUCUUUUCCAGGUCCUUCACAGUGCAACCCAGAAUUACCGGUGCAUUGACUCCUACUAUCACACUCAAGAUAACUCCUUGCUGUUAGUCCUCCAUAAUCCCAUGGACCGACGUCUUCAGUUUCAAGAGUCCUGGAAUGUGGCAUUGCACUCCGACGUUGGUUUCAGGAAUUAUUUGGAAUUGGUAGCUGGCUCUAUCGGCGAGUGGAUACUUCAAGAAGAAGUCAAAUACCAGGAAGAAAAAAUGGCGAAGGAACUGGAAGCACUUGCGUUAGCGAAAGAGAUGGCGGAAAAACCUCCAGUUGAAACCAAGUCUCCGCCGUCCGGAAGAAAAGGUUCUUCCAUUUCUAAGAGAAGCAAAGGUGCUAAAAGUAAAGUGGAGAUUUCUCCAGAGCCUCUCCCGGAGAAGGAAAAAAGCCUUUUCGUCAGAGAGGACUCUCUCAAGGCGUGGAAGGAAGAGCAGGAACGGCUGCUGGAAGAAGAACGGCUGAGAGAACUCAAAAAAGCCGAGAAGAAGGAAAAAGCCAGUAGCAAAAAAAAAGGCCAGGGUAAGGAAGCAGCCCCUGAAGAAGGGAAGUCUCCUAAGAACAAGUUGUCCAGGGAUAAAUCUAAAUCACCCUCUAAAUCUCCGGAGCUGAAUAAGUCGCCGGAGGCUGAAGAUCAGCCAAAGCUGCAGAAGUACAGUAAACAGAUUAUUCCACCUCUUCUUCCCCUGGCCAAGACUUACGAGUUUCUUGGAUAUAAUAUGGGAGAGAACCCCAUUCAAGUGACAGGGACUACUCAGUAUCUCUUCCCUACGGAUGGAGGGCAGAUCCAGGUGGAAAAGAUAUCGUUUGUAAAAGGAUCGACUUUUGUCACAGUGAAGGUAGUAAAGGACAACCACAGCUUCUUCAUCCAUAUCAUAGACCCCAAGGAAAUUCCAAAAGAGAGUGGAAACCACCAAGGAAGUAGUGACUGGAAGAGAGGCAAACUGAUCCAGGUCAAUAAAGCUGUGAGCAAAUUCGGAUCGUUUUCUGCCACCUUAGAAAAUGAUAUUCACCUUUCCUUUAGCUGCUAUGGACCUGAAGGAAAAGCCCCAGAAAAGAAAGAUCCCAAUUUAGCAGCCGUUCUGUCCUUCCCUUCCGUAAACGUGCCCACGUCCAACUUUGCUGCCUUGGCUGUCUCCACCGCCGCGGCUCCCACGCCAGGAAAGAACAAGCCCGGGAAGGAAAAAUCCGCCAAAUCCUUACAAUCGAGCAAAAUGAGCUCUCGCCUCACAGUUACCGGAUCGCCGGAAGACGGUUUGAAGCAAGAAGAGAAAAAGGUGGAAGUAGACGAGCCAAUCCAGCCACCACCAGCCACGCCAGAAGUCCGUGUUUUCAAUACUUUGAAUGUGUCCUGUCCCAAUGGCUUGGUACUCACCUUCAUUGGUAAAAAAUUCCCAGAUGAAGAAAAAGGAGACAAGAGCAAUAGCGGUGAUAAGGAAUGCAAAGCGGAGGAGGCUAAGAUGGAUGAGGCCAAAGCAGAGGAAGUAAAGACCCAAGAGCCCAAGGUGGAGGAACUAGCCAAGGUCAACGAAGCCGUUACAAGCAAGACCCAGGCAAAUGAAGACCAGGGUGAUGAAGCCAAAGCCGCCGAUAUGACUACAGUUGACGAUGCCCUAAGGGAUGUGUCUAGUGAAGGCAAGGCUGAAGCUGAAGCAGAGACAGCCAGUGUGGAAAAGGAGAAGGAGCCACUCUUCGAAAUUCUUACUAGGCAGACUUAUCCACAAAGAGUGAAGCAUUCACAGAUGCAGAACACAGUGAAGAAACCUGUAGAGCAGGAGGUGUCUAGAGUUAUUACCAGAGAAGGAACUGUUGUAAAAUAUAUGUUGGAUGGGUCCACGCAGAUUCUGUUUGCGGAUGGCACCGUGAUUAGGAGUCCUGAUUCCGGUCCUGUGAUGCCGCCUCCCCCUGUGCCGAGUACCCCACAGACCGAGGUCACUCCCGCUGAGCCAACCACCAAGAAGACCAAGAAAGGCACCAAGGGUGCCAAGACCGAAGCAAUUGAAAUAGUUGUUCUGGAUCACAUGCUGGAUAGCGAACAGUCCCCCGACUCCCUGGCAGGCACCUGGAUAACCACGACCCCACUGGGUGUUCAAGUGGGCACCAAGGGGUCCGAGAGGCUGGAUCUGAAGCCACUUCUGGCCUACCGGGCCACUGAUCCAGUGAAUGAGACGGUCAUGACGAUGAGGGAGGACAGGGUGGUCAUAGUCGAGGGGACAGAUGGUUCCAGGAUAGUGGACCAUGCCGACGGCACCAGGAUAACCACCUUCUUCCAGGGCUGUGAUGAAAUCGUGCCCAAUAGCAGUGAGGACCCAGAGGCAUUUGACAAAAAUGGAUGUGAGCUCAUUGCCAAUAAGGAGGACCACGAGACAGGGAGAUACAUUAUGAAGCAUAACUCCAACAUUGCCUGCAAGAUGACGGAUCCUGCAGGAAACAUUUUCAAGGUGUUGCCCAUGAACAAAGGCCACCUCUUCAUUGAUGAACAUUGUACUGCGGUUUACUCACCAGAGGCAUUUGACAAAAAUGGAUGUGAGCUCAUUGCCAAUAAGGAGGACCACGAGACAGGGAGAUACAUUAUGAAGCAUAACUCCAACAUUGCCUGCAAGAUGACGGAUCCUGCAGGAAACAUUUUCAAGGUGUUGCCCAUGAACAAAGGCCACCUCUUCAUUGAUGAACAUUGUACUGCGGUUUACUCACCAGAGGCAUUUGACAAAAAUGGAUGUGAGCUCAUUGCCAAUAAGGAGGACCACGAGACAGGGAGAUACAUUAUGAAGCAUAACUCCAACAUUGCCUGCAAGAUGACGGAUCCUGCAGGAAACAUUUUCAAG